CGGGUCUGAAAUUGAAUAGUGAGCUGGAUAAAUUCUUGGGUGAACUCUUUCUUUGGUCAAUUGAUUUAUGGAAAGAUUGCGUGAUAACUAUGGGCCCAUUUAUACCUGAGGUUCUUAGGAUAAUUGGAUUAUCUGGAACUUUAGGAGGGUCAAUGAGAAUUGAUUCCUGCGAUUAUGAUUUGGAUCAAUUACUUCUGGGAACAAUUUUAUUUACCUUAUUAACAUUUUUAUUCCCCACUGUUGCAGUGUAUUACGCCACUUUUGCAACUAGUCGUGUAGCAGUUAUCUUCAUAAAAGCUUUUAUGGAAACACUACUAGCGUUUCUUAAUCAUUUUCCACUCUUUGCGAUUAUGCUGAGAUUUAAAGAUCCAGAACGACUACCAGGUGGACUAAGGUUUGAAUUAUGCGAUCCAGAUUAUUUUGCGUCUGGUGGAAUCGCUAGAGUUGUUCGAGGAAUUAAAUCUAUUUGGCCUUGGGCGAAUCAAUCUAUCAAACAGGACAUUCCUAUAAAGAAUGUACCUACUAUUAAUGUUGAUGGUCCAAGUUCUCAAUCUAGUGAUUCUACAGUUGAUGAAUCUGAUCAGAUUAUUAGAUUAAGAAAAAGCCGAAUGACUGCUGAAGUCAAUGAAAAAAAUAUAUCGUCAUCUACACAGAGAAUAAAUCCUUCAACACCGCCAAAGUCAAGCUAUCUAUUUAUGCAG